CUUCUAAUUAAGUUCUCACAUUUCUCUCAAAGUUCCAAACUUAGUAUACAAAAAGAAAUCUUUGUAUCUUCAUUCUUGAUUCCAUCAAUAUGACAGCCAUUAAAAGAAGCAGAGAAGACGAUAUGCAAGUGGAAGCAGAAGCCAUGGCUAACUGCGCCUUAAUGCUAUUGUCUCGUUUAAACAACAACAACACAACUUCAACAGAUCGAGAUUAUGACAAUGGUUUCGAAUGCAAGACUUGCAAUAAACGGUUCCCAUCUUUUCAAGCGCUCGGCGGCCACCGUGCAAGUCAUAAACGGCCAAAAUUACUCGCCGGAGCCGGAGAGUUUCUUGUGCAAUCCAAAAAGAAUAAAAUGCAUGAAUGUUCUAUUUGUGGUAUGGAGUUCUCUUUGGGUCAAGCCUUAGGUGGACACAUGAGGCGUCAUCGUGAUGAAAUCAAUAAAACCUCGACGGUAGCCGGAAAGACGAUGAUUCCGGUCGUCGGAAAGAAGAUAAUACCGGUGUUGAAGAAGUCAAAUAGCAGCAAGAGAAUUUUCUGUGGCUUGGACUUGAACUUAACCCCUGAUAUAGAUGUUGAUUUGAAGCUAUGGCCGACGGCACCCGUUUCAUCUCCGAUUUUGCGAUGUUUUUUUUAAGUCCCCUCCAUUGUUGUUCUUGUAGGAUUAGGAGAAGCUAAGAUGUAGUUGAUUUGUUAAUUCUUUUUGAGAUGUACCCUUUGUAUAUUUCCUUAUUUCCAUUGAUUCUUUCACAUAACAUGUAUCAAAACAUAAAUUUAUUUAUCAUUUAUCUAUUUAUUUA